GGGGCGGGGCAGGGGCCCUGGCACCAAAUGCUGAUAACUAGAAGUAGAUUUACAUGCUCUGGAAGAGACACCCCUCUCCCCAUCCCUUGAGCUCCCUUAGUACUUACUGAGGGAAGAGGUAUUUUCAGUCCCCAGAUUUCUGGGCGUUGUGCAAGUCAUCUUUACCACCUGCUCCCUCCAUACUACAUAGCUACUAGGUGAAAAAAAUUCCUCCCUCAGGCAGAGAAGGAGACACUCCUUCCCUAGCUGUUCCCCAGACCCAGCCAUAGAGUAAGUGGGGAGUUUCCACAAGAAAGAGAGGUAGUCCCCUAGACAGAAAUAAGCUGGACUCCAUCCCCCCCACCCCGAUACUUACCUAGUGAUUUUAAUUAUUUAUGUCUGGUCAGCAGACAGCAGAGAAAGAAAAACAGGCACAGAUUUAGUUACUCUCCCUAUCCAGUUGCUGCUGACUGCUGGAGAUAAAGGUAAUUUCCAGUACUGAUCUGGUCCUCCUUCAUCCCAAAGAAGAUACCUCAUAUCCUAAACCAAGAGGGUUUUCUCCAAAUAACCUGUGCAAGGAGAGAAGACACGCCUCCCAAUUACAAGGGAGGAAAAAGAACAGAUUUUGCUGAUAAUAUCCAGAGUUAGCAAGAAUUCUUUCAGAGAUUUGCCCAAUCUUAAGGACAAGGUGUACCUGCAAGAAAGAGAACAGAGACUUCCAGGUAGGGAGACUGUGCUCUCUCAAUCUGACAAUCAGUGAAGAGAAGAAAAUACUAUCUUCCAGGGAAACUCCCCAUUAGCAGUUAGCUGCCAAAAAAGAGAGAGCAUCUCCAUCCUAGGAUAAAACUAGCAGUUUUAGGGGACUGACAAGCCCAAGCUGGUUAUUUUAGCACUCAAGAUUCUGAUUUCAUCCACAAUUCCCUCGCCCUCAAAAUCUUUCUUGAAGAAGCUCGUGGAGUAUCUGACAGCAACAUCGACAUUCUGAGGAUGGGGCUCACAGGAUUGUGAAGGGCAGCACCCCAGAAACCAGCCCUGAAGAUCCAGCUCCCUCCAGAAAAUCAUCCAGAAUACUCCAGCUUCCACCAUCAUGGCCUCUGACCUGGAAAGCAGCCUCACUUCCAUAGACUGGCUCCCACAGCUUACUUUAAGGGCUACUAUUGAAAAGCUAGGGGGGUCCUCACAAGCAGGACCACCAGGGGCUGCCCGAAAGUGUCCCCCAGGCUCACCAACAGAUCCCAAUGCCACCUUGAGUAAAGACGAGGCUGCAGUGCACCAAGAUGGGAAGCCACGUUACAGCUAUGCCACUCUGAUCACAUAUGCCAUCAAUUCAUCACCUGCCAAGAAGAUGACACUCAGUGAGAUCUACCGUUGGAUCUGUGACAACUUUCCAUACUAUAAAAAUGCUGGGAUUGGUUGGAAGAACUCUAUUCGUCACAACCUCUCUCUGAAUAAAUGUUUUCGGAAGGUGCCUCGACCGAGGGAUGAUCCUGGGAAGGGUUCAUACUGGACCAUAGAUACCUGUCCAGAUAUAUCUCGUAAGAGGCGGCAUCCUCCAGAUGAUGAUAUACCGCAAGACUCCCCAGAGCAAGAGGCAAGUAAGAGCCCUCGAGGGGCUGUUCCAGUCAGCACAGAAGCCUCUUUGCCACCUGAGGCCACUUCUCAGUUAUCACUCCAGAGCACCACCCCCAUUGCCAACUACAGUCAGCAGGGUACAGGGCCUGUUGAUGUAGCCUCUACAGUAGCAGGUGGGCAAGGCCGUGAAGGGGCCGAUGUGCCACCUCCGCUCUACAGUGCCAACCACGAUUUCAAGUUCUCCUACUCUGAGAUCAACUUCCAGGAUCUUAGCUGGUCCUUCCGAAAUCUCUACAAAUCCAUGCUGGAGAAAUCAUCAUCUUCUCAGCACGGUUUCUCUUCUCUCCUUGGUGACAUGCAGCCCUCCAACCACAACUACUACAUGUACCAGCAGCAGCAGCAGGGCCCCUCAUCAGUGGGUGGUGGUCCCCCACUCCAUACCCCGACCCCAGAGGGUUGCCCAUCCCAAGGAGGAAAGCAGCAGGGUGGUGAAGGUUAUGGCCCUCCACCAGUGAUGUCCAUGCACCCACCCCCAAUGCAGCAUGGAGGCUACCACCAGCAUCAACAACACCACCCUCAUUCCCACCCACAGCAGCAGCCACAUCAGCACCAGCAACAACAGCAGUCACAAGCUUCAAUCAACAAUGCUGGCUUUGCAUUUCCCCCUGAUUGGUGCUCCAACAUUGAUUCCCUGAAAGAAAGCUUCAAGAUGGUAAACCGACUGAACUGGUCUAGCAUUGAGCACUCCCAGUUCUCAGAACUGAUGGAGAGUCUGCGCCAGGCUGAGCGGAAGAACUGGACGCUGGAUCAACACCAUAUUGCCAACCUCUGCGACUCCCUCAAUCAUUUCCUUACCCAGACUGGUCAGCUUCCUCAUCUGGUCGGCCCACAGCAGCCCCCCCGAAUCUCUGAUUCUUGUGCCCUGAACAGUGGCAAGCAGGAGCAGUCCAUGAACCAAGUGAACUCCUAUGGUCAGCCCCAGCCUCCCCAUCUCUUCUCCGGGCCAUCCCCUAUGUACCAGAUUUCCACCCAGGACUCUCCAGGAUAUAAUCGUCCAGCUCACCAUCUGGUCCCUCGGCCUCCAGGACCACCUCCAGGUGCCAAUGAGGAAAUCCCCGAUGAUUUCGACUGGGACUUGAUCACCUAGCGAGCUACAGACUUGAGAGCCCGUCCUUCAUGAAGGACAUGGGAGGGAAGGGGGACAUGGGGUGAAUGGUGUCAGCACCACCUUCCUCAGCCUCCCUGCCUUGCCUGUAUAUAGAUAUAUAUUCUCUAACUCUGCCAGAGAAGCCACCGCAAGAUGCUGCCGAAGAUAAUCCUUCCUUGCGUCCUGUUUAUCUUUUUUCUUCUUUUGUUUAUUAUUAUUAUUAUUAUUAUUAUUAUUACCAGUAAUUGAGCACAGCCCUCCCCCUCCUCUGGUGGCCUCAAACGCAUCAGAUCAGCUCUUUCAUGUUGCGUGGUGCCCUGUGGAGGGUGGAGCAAUGGCUCCUUGGUGCCAUGAAAAGACCUCGGAAGGCUGAAUCCUCGAGUGCAUCUUUCUCUGCCUCCAUCGUUUUGCGUUUAACAAUUCCUCUUUCCCUUCAAGGUGGCUGGUGAAUCUGUUGUAUUGGCUGCUGGAGUGAGGGAGCCUAGUGGACCCUGGAAGCCUGUAAUUAUGUUGUUUCUUAUAUGUUGUAAAAGUCAGGGGAUUAAAGGGACACUGGAGGGGUGAUCUUAGCUCUGUGAAUUUUCUUGUACUAACAGGAAAAAGCAAGAAAAGAAGUAGAGAUGCCAAAUACAAAGAGAGGGCAAUCUCUGAGGUAGGGAGAGCUGGACUGUGCUGGGAGUGUGGAGAAAAGAGAAUCUAUAGCAGAGAGGACAUUUCAGCAUAGAUGGGUUUCAGAAUGCAGUGCCAUUUAUGAGAACCUAAAGAGAUUUUGAGGGAAUCCUGAUCUGUUUUCUACACUGCCUUUUGCAUUUCCAGGCAAGUGAAGCCUAUGUACCUAUCAAGUAAGAGAAGCUCAGCAGGUGUCUUUUGCACCACCAUUUGGGGGAGGUCAUAUGUGAUUCAUCAAAUUCUGUUCCCCAGAGCUUUUAAUUUUACCUCAACCCCUUCAAGCUCUCCUUCAAAAUAGGCAGUGAGGCUUUCCAUCUGCAUAUGCAAAUCAGGAAGUUCUCUCAUACCAUCAGUAUUUGUUCGAUUAUUAUUUGACCGUCUCCCUCUCUUAUUUCUUUGGAGACUGUCCUUGCCUCUGGUUUGAGAACGCCAGCAACAGUCUUGUCUGUGUAGAUAUAAAUUCUCAGUUAUUGGUACCCAUUUGGUGAAUGGGCUAAAGAUGGAAAGAGGAAGCUGCUACUCAGAAUGGAGAUGAAUUAGGGGACUUCUUGUCAAGGGGCUGGAGCCCUCCAGUCAAGUUAGUGGGAGGCCCUCACAAGUGAUAUGUUUGUAAGAGAUGCACUAGACGAGAGAAGAAAAGUGGGGGAGAUUCUUAAACUGAACAGCAAAGGAGUAAAAUACAAAGGGGAAGAGGGCGAAUCAGACCCCUUGCAGUUCAGCUGGGGAGAUGAUGGAAUAAAUUGUAAGUUCUUAAGGAUGGGUUCUUGUCAGCACUUGCAAAGCAGGAAGGUAAAAAAGGUGUGGGAGCAGGAGUGAGUGCGGAGAUGCUUCCUUCCCUAAGCUGCAUCCUCUGAUCCCGUUUUUCUGGUAUGGCUCUGCUCUAUCAAACCUCUUGUUUCCUCUUUAUAUUUUGUAAAGUCUCCCUCUGCCCUUAUUCCCUAUUUACUAGUGAAGAGAACCAAGAUGGAAGUAAAACAUCUCAUGGGGGCUUGACAUGCCUAGGGCAGGGGAGGUAGUUUAGCAUUGCUUUUUGAAUUCGCUGUAGGGAUAAACCAAUUGGAUCUUUGUCAGGGAAGUGGACAGAGUCUCAUUGGAUUGGGGGGGAGGGAGCAUUUGGGUUUAUUUUUUCUUUUUUUUUCUUUUUUUUUAAGUUGGGGGGGUAAGGAGUUCAUCAUGAGUGUUUCCAAGAGAAAUGAGGAGUCCUAGAGCCAGCUUCAGCAUGGAGUCAGCUGUUAUCUCUGCCGCUCAGGAUGCGAAUGAUACAACUUGGAAGCAUGUGUGAUUGGGUUUCUGUGGAACAUGGCACCAGAGAUAGCCUCUCCUAGGUGCCAAUUAGUGCUUUGCAGAGGAUGUUACUGAAAGCCAGCCCUGUGGGAGACUGAAAACACCACCUGGAAGAAAAACAAACCAAGAUGGCUCUUUCUGCAUAGCCAAGUGCUCCUCAUUUGCAUAUUUGCCUCAUUUGCAUAUUCAGUUGUGCCUCGUUUGCAUAUGUAAAUAUAUGCCGGUCAGUGUGCAAAUUAGCCUCGUUCCUCUGCCCUUGAAAUAAUUGCGCAUGGUUAGAAUGUGGGAAGGCAUCCGUUUGGACAUGUGGAGCUCUGCACUGCAAGCUGGUAACAGCCUGCUGAGAGCAAAGGGAUGUGGCCUGUGGAGAUAGGCCUGCCAAUGUUCCUGUGUGCCCUUCCACUGUGGUGUGGCCCACAACGCUUUGUGUCAGUGGUCAGGGAGAGAGGGGCGUGGUCUCACGAGUUUAUUUUUGUGCAUGCUUUCUUAAUAAAAAGAAAAAGUGAAUGUUUAUGGUUUAA